ACAUUUUAAUUUUUAAACUGUGUGUUUGAGACCAUCAUUAAAAACCACUGCUAAAGAAAUUUUUUUGUGACUUUAAAUUUACGUAAUCGUGGUUGCUAGGAAACUAUGACAUAUCUGUCAUACAGUUAAAAGAAAUAAAAGGCAGGACAUCACACAUCUGCUGAAAUGGAUGAGAGCAACAUCUCAGAAGCUUUUGCAUAAGACAUUCUAAUAUUUUAAGAAUCUAAAAAGGAAUUCCUAAAGAAGAAUAAGACUAGAAAAUGUUUUACAUAUUAUUCAUAUUUAUAAUUUAAAAUGAUCAAAACACUUUUUUUAUUUCUUUUGAAACUAUACUUCAACUUUCACAGUUUUUCUCAUUUUGCUGUUACAGACGCUAUCUGCAUCUUUCUGCCCGUUUCCUUCACAGGAGCUGUUUUUCUGUGCAUAUAUGAGUACAUCAAGGAUCUAAUUGUGUUUUUAGAUUUUAGAUCUAAUAGUUGUUGUUUUUUUAAAUAUUUGUGUCUGUGUGAUAGGAGUACGGUGACUGAAAAUGGUGAAUGAAAAUUACACCAUGAACAAUGUAGACAUCUUUAUAAUCACUGGAUUUGAUCACCUGCAGAACCAAAAGCUCCUCGGAUUCCUCAUCUUAAUAACCUACAUGCUCAUAUUGCUUGGGAACAGCAUCAAUCUGUGUAUCAUCAUGACUGACAGACAUUUACACAAACCAAUGUACAUAUUAAUCUGUAAUCUAGCAGUUGUUGAUAUAAUGUUCUCCUCUACCUGCAGCACAACUAUGAUCUCAGUGCUGCUGGCUGAGAUUAAAACUGUCUCAUACUACUCUUGUAUCUCAAGGACGUUCUUCCAUCAUCUUGGUGAUAUCAAAGUAUGUAUGGCUCUGACAUUAAUGGCAAUUGACAGACUUCUUGCAAUUAGGCUUCCUUUAAGGUAUCACAGCAUUGUAACAAAUUCACGAACAUUUCUGUUUAUUUUUCUGACCUGGCUCAUUGGUUUUACUAUAAUGGCUGUUGUGAUAUCUGUGGUAGACAGUGUCCCAUACUGUCAGCCUGUCAUCAGAUAUGUGUUCUGUGACUAUCCUUCCAUGAUCAGAGCUGCUUGUGUCAAUCCUGAACCAUAUUUUUUAUUGUCUGCAAUAAUUACUCUUUGGUUUUUGUGUGGACAGUUUCCCUUUAUUAUGUGCACCUAUGCUGUUCUGGCAUAUAGUGUAACUAAACUCUCCAACAACUCAAACAGAAAGCAAAUGAUCAGCACCUGCUCCAGUCAUCUCAUUGUCUUGUUUAGUUAUUUUGCACCAAAGCUGGUCUCAAUUUUACUAACUCGAAUAGGUGUUGUGCUAAAUUUAACAGAGAGGAACGCAAUAACGAUUGUAGCCUCUCUUGUUCCGUCCUUAAUAAACCCCACUGUUUAUUGCACCAGAACUAAAGAGAUCAGGAAACGUUUAGCAGAUAUAUUUUUGCACCAAACCACUUAAAGGUUUUUAUCAUAAUAUUAUUAUAUUAUGAUAUAAUUAUUCAUUAUUGUGUUUAUUAUCAUGGAUGAUUGUCAAAAUGUUGGUGAUGGGUUUUUUUUUUUCUUCACAUUAGAGAUAGUACAGUAGGUAUGUUGCUAUCUUGUCUGUUUUCAAAAUGAAGAAAAUAGGAAAAAUAUUUGGAGAUUUGUCCAUAUUUUUACAUUAUUUUAAAAUUAUGUAUACACACAGUGUUUUAGGAGCUCUUAUGAGCCCGUACCCUAAACCUAGCCACUUCUCAAAAAGAAAAAAUAAACUAUAUAAUAUGUAACUUUUUAUCAAUUUUACUAGUAGUCCACUGUAUGAAGAAUUUUUGGGUAUAAUAUGUCACAGUUUACUUU